AUGGGUAUAGAUAGCUAUGGUUAUAACUUUGGCGAUGCGUAUGGGGAUGACUGUUAUAAUAACGGUGGUUUCAAUUAUGGCGGUCGCUUUGAUGAUUAUUACGACGGCUACAACGGUAUGUCGUCUGGUAUGGACAUGGGUUUUAGAGGAGGCAGAAUGGUUCGAGGAGGUUCCAUGAUGGAUUCUCCCGGCAGAGGCGUGGGAUACGGCCAAGGUAUUCGCAGCAGUUCGAUGGGACGCGGAGGUCGAGGUCAGUCAUUCGGCGGCCAGUCUCGUUCAUUUCGUGGCAACGGUACUCUUGGAUCUGCGCGUGGCCGGGCCGGUGGUCUGAAACGCAAGCAGCCUGAUGGUCUGCCAAACCCUAACGCAAAACGCGGAGGUAUGUAUGGCGGUGGUGCUGGUCAAGGGGCUUCCGGCUGGAGUUACGGAUCAGCGCCGUCUGCACAACAGGACUGGACUAGCGAUACUUUUGCUGAAAACAGUUUCAUGUAA